CGGCUAUUGUUUUCGUUCAAUUAGAUUUAAAAAUAUUCCUUGCAUAUUAAACACCUUAUAAGAACAGGCGUGUAUAUUGAUACUUUUGUAUAACAAACAACUUGUACAAGAUGCGUGCUUUUACAUUCAAUCAAAUUUCGAAAAGGCUAUAUUCGCAAAAACCGGCCAUGCCACCUUGUAAUUUUACUCCUAAGGGGUACAAGGGUCCCUCUUAUGAUAGUUUGAUUCGUGUACGAAAGGAGAGAUUGUCACCCGCUUUAGUAACAUAUUACAGCAAGCCUUUCGCAGUACACCAAGGCCAUAUGCAAUGGCUUUUUGAUCUUGAAGGCAAGAGAUAUUUGGAUCUGUUCGGCGGUAUUUGUACUGUGUCGGUUGGGCAUUGUCAUCCCGAAAUCACUGAAGCGGUCGCGGAGCAAAUGAGUAUCUUAGGUCACGUCUCGAACGUUUACUUGCAUCCAAAGGUGCACAAGUAUGCGGAACAGUUGACAGACAAAUUUUCAGGAGAUUUAAAAGUGGUGUAUUUUGUUAACAGCGGCGCUGAAGCCAACGAAUUGGCAAUGCUAAUGGCAAGAACUUACACACAAAAUUUCGAGAUUAUUUCACUAAGAGGUGCUUACCAUGGAAUGACCAACCAAACAAUGAAUCUUACAGCAAGUUCGUUGUACCGUCAUCCCGUACCUUCAUCCCCAGGGUUUCACUAUACAAUGACUCCUGAUGUAUAUCGAGGCAUUUGGGGUGGAAAGCACUGUCGCGACAGUCCAAUUCAGACAAACAGGCACUGCACUUGCUCUUCAAACGAGUGCGAAGCUAGUACAAAGUAUUUAGAACAGCUGGAAGAAGUCUACCGUUACAGUAUUCCAAAAGGCAAGGCAGCCGCGUUCUUUGCCGAAUCAAUACAGGGCGUGGGCGGCAGCGUGCAGUAUCCCAGAGGAUAUCUGAAGGGUGCAUAUAAUAUGAUCAAAAAGUGUGGCGGAGUGUUUGUGGCUGACGAGGUACAAACGGGAUUUGGUAGAACCGGAGAGCACUACUGGGGCUUUGAAAUGCACGACAUCGUACCAGAUAUCGUGACAAUGGCGAAGGGUAUCGGUAAUGGUUUUCCUCUGGCGGCUGUUGUCACCACCCCCCAAAUUGCACAAUCGCUAACAAAGGCCCAGCAUUUCAAUACUUUCGGAGGAAAUCCGCUCGCGUCAGUCGCUGGUAUGAAGGUUCUCGAGAUUAUACAACGAGAUAAACUGCAAGAAAAUUCAAAAAGGGUCGGAACGCAUCUGUUAUUGGAGCUGGACAAAUUGCGACAAGAGUUUCCAGUAAUAGGCGAUGUAAGAGGUGUGGGGUUAAUGAUUGGGAUAGAAAUGGUAGCAGGUGACGGGAGCAAAACGCCCUUAGAACCCGCGAAAGUAAUGAAAUAUUGGGAGAGAUGCCUCGAGCUAGGCAUAGUGAUUGGACGAGGAGGGUAUUUUGGACACGUAUUUCGAAUUAAGCCGCCAAUGUGCAUUACAAAAGAGGAUGCCGAUUUCACAGUUGCAGUUGUGAAGACAGCUCUUAGAGAAAUGUUUUCAAAUAAAUAAAUUUGCAACAACU